AAUGAGGAAACGGUCCGGGCGAAUCUGCGGAAGCGAAUCUUCUGGCUGUGUGGACCAGAACGUAAGUCAGCUGAUGCUCCUGGUACCUAGGCUCAUUGACAGCUGCGAAUGUGGAUCUGCUCAGAAAGUGGGGCCAGCGGAGAUGAAGAAAAACAGAGAAAGAUUCUGCAACCGAGAGAGGGAAUUUGUGUAUACAUUCAAAGUUGGAUGUCAAUGCUUAGAACUCAGGGUACCACUUAGAUUUCCUGUUCAAGAGAAUGCCUGUCAUUUACUCGGACGCCUGAUGCUUUUGCACAAUUUACCAUGCUUUAUAGAAAAAGACUUAAAAGAAGCUCUGAGCCAGUUUAUAGAAGAAGAGUCUAUCAGAGAUUACGACAGAGAGGCUGAAGCGUCUUUGGAAGCUGUAAAAUCAGGUGAAGUAGAUUUACAUCAGUUGGCAAGUUCAUGGGCCAAAGCUUAUGCUGAGACCACAUUAGAGCAUGCAAGGCCUGAAGAACCCAGCUGGGAUGAAGAUUUUGCAGAUGUGUAUCAUGACCUAAUCCAUUCCCCAGCCUCUGAAACUCUCCUAAAUUUGGAACAUAACUACUUUGUCAGUAUCUCAGAAAUGAUUAGUGAAAGAGAUGUGGAACUGAAAAAACUCAGAGAAAGACAAGGUAUUGAAAUGGAAAAAGUUAUGCAGGAAUUGGGAAAAUCCCUGACAGACCAAGAUGUAAAUUCCCUGGCUGCUCAGCACUUUGAAUCCCAGCAAGACUUGGAAAAUAAAUGGUCUAAUGAAUUAAAGCAGUCGACUGCCAUCCAAAAGCAAGAGUAUCAGGAAUGGGUGAUAAAACUUCAUCAAGAUCUGAAAAACCCCAACAACAGCUCCCUCAGUGAGGAAAUUAAAGUUCAGCCAAGUCAGUUCCGAGAACCCGUAGAAGCAAAUGGAAGAAUUUACGAGGAACAGAGAAAAUUAGAAGAAAGUUUUACUAUUCACUUAGGAGCCCAGUUGAAGACUAUGCAUAAUUUGAGGUUGCUGAGAGCAGAUAUGUUGGAUUUCUGCAAGCACAAAAGAAAUCAUCGAAGUGGAGUGAAACUCCAUCGCCUCCAGACAGCACUGUCACUUUAUUCUACCUCUCUUUGUGGCCUGGUUUUACUUGUAGAUAAUCGAAUCAAUUCAUACAGUGGUAUUAAACGAGAUUUUGCCACAGUGUGUCAAGAGUGCACUGACUUCCAUUUCCCCCGAAUUGAAGAGCAGCUAGAAGUUGUCCAGCAAGUGGUACUUUAUGCUAGAACCCAGCGCAGGAGCAAAGUAAAGGAACUGCAUGAUUCCGGAAGCCGAAAUGGAGCAAAUGAUGACAAAACUAAAAGUGCUGAGAGAAACUAUUUGAACAUUUUACCUGGAGAAUUUUACAUUACAAGACAUUCUAAUCUCUCAGAAAUCCAUGUGGCUUUCCAUCUCUGUGUGGAUGACAAUGUGAAAUCAGGAAACAUCACAGCUCGAGACCCUGCCAUCAUGGGACUCCGCAAUAUACUCAAGGUUUGCUGUACCCACGACAUCACAACAAUAAGCAUCCCUCUCUUGCUGGUGCAUGAUAUGUCAGAGGAAAUGACUAUACCAUGGUGCUUAAGGAGAGCAGAGCUUGUGUUUAAGUGCGUCAAAGGUUUCAUGAUGGAAAUGGCUUCGUGGGAUGGUGGAAUUUCUAGGACAGUGCAAUUCCUGGUACCCCAGAGUAUUUCUGAGGAAAUGUUUUACCAGCUUAGUAAUAUGCUCCCCCAGAUCUUCAGAGUCUCAUCAACACUGACUCUGACAUCCAAGCACUAAACCCUGACAGAUUGGCAUACUGGCAGGAGAAGGUGAAACUCUCCAGGAACCUGAGUUAUGCUAUGAUUCUCUCAAAGCAAAAGAUGUCCAGAAAGAGAACUUGGCAACCCAAGCCACAAGUGAAAUCAUGAUCUACGUUAAACAUAUGUCUGUAAAGCAUUCCAGAAAUUCACAUACUCUGCAGACUAGUGGUCGUCUCCUCCCUUGACAUCCAUUUGUUCCAAAAUUUCUUUAUUGGGGGAAAAAAAAAGAAACAAAACCUUUUUUUUUUCUUCUUGUUAUUAUGCUCUCUGCUUGAGAAUAUUAGUAAAUUAAAACUUCUGACUUGUCACACAUGAGCACUGGAUCUAGGAUAUUGCUCACUACACUUUAGUAGAGACGUUUGUUCCAGAAGGUUUGGAUUAUAAUAGGUGCAAGGUUUAACUGAGCACACAAAAUCUUCCUUUCACCUUAUUUGCCGAUUUGUCACCUGCACUUCCAGAUGAGCUAUAUGAAUUUCUUGUAACAGUUUUUUUUUUGUAGAAACAAAAAUAUAUCAGACAAAUGUUUAUUUAAAGUUUCUUGUUUUGAAAGCUUGCUUGUAAUGUCCCCUUUCUAAGGUUUAAUAAAUGAAAAUAAGAAAAAGA